CCGCUCCUCGCGCGCGCCGUCCACGGGGUCGUCCUCCGCCGCGCGCUGCCGCUCAGCGCCUUCCACAGCAACACCCUGCUCGCCUUCUACUUCCGGCACCGCCGCUCCCCCGACGCCGCGCUCCACCUGUUCGACGCGAUGCCCGACCGGACGCCGUCCUCCUGGUACACCGCCGUCUCCGGCUGCGUCCGGUGCGGGCGCGACUCCACGGCGUUCGGCCUGCUGCGGGGCAUGCGGGAGCGCGGGGUCCCGCUCAGCGGGUUCGCGCUCGCCAGCCUCGUCACCGCCUGCGAGCGCUCGCCGGCCUCGUCACCGCUUGCGUGCGGGGCUGCCAUCCACGCGCUCACCCACAAGGCCGGGCUCAUGGUCAACGUCUACAUCGGGACGGCGCUCCUUCACCUCUACGGCUCCCGGAAGCGUGCGUUGGACGCGCGGAGGCUGUUCUGGGAGAUGCCUGAGCGCAACGUCGUGUCAUGGACGGCGCUGAUGGUGGCCUUGUCGUCGAACGGGUACUUGGAAGAGGCGCUGGGAGCUUAUCGCCGGAUGCGAAAGGAAGGUGUCACGUGCAAUGCGAAUUCGUUCGCGACGGUGGUCAGCUUGUGCGGGUCGCUCAAGAAUGAGGUGGCUGGGCUUCAGGUAUUUUCCCAGGUCUUAGUUUCUGGCCUACAUCGACAUGUCUCCGUGGCAAAUUCACUGAUUACCAUGCUCGGUAACAUCGGAAGGCUGCAAGAUGCUGAGAAGCUCUUUUAUCGAAUGGAGGAACGUGACACUAUAUCAUGGAACGCGAUGGUGUCGAUGUACUCGCACCAAGGACUGUGCAGCAAAUGCUUUCUGCUAUUUUCAGAUAUGCGUCAUGGUGGAUUGUUAAGGCAUGAUGCAACUACUUUAUGCAGCCUGAUAUGUGUCUGCGCCUCGUCAGAUUAUGCCAGCACUGGAAGUGGAGUUCAUUCCCUGUGUCUCAGAAGUGGUCUGCAUUCUCAUAUUCCUGUGACUAAUGCCCUUGUUAAUAUGUAUUCUGCUGCUGGGAAGCUGGUUGAGGCUGAGCUUCUGUUCUGGAGCAUGGGGAGAAGGGAUCUAAUAUCGUGGAACACUAUGAUUUCGUCCUAUGUCCAGAACGGCAAUAACAUGGAUGCAUUGAAGACAGUAGGUCAGUUACUUCAGACUAACGAAGCUCCUGAUCGCAUGACAUUUUCCAGCGCUUUGGGAGCAUGUUCAGGUCCACAAGCCUUGAUGGAUGGUAGAAUGGUUCAUGCCAUGAUAUUGCAGUUAAGUCUUCAAAGCCAUCUACUGGUGGGUAAUUCUCUCCUCACGAUGUAUGGUAAAUGCAAUUCCAUCCAAGAUGCUGAGAGAGUAUUUCAGUCGAUGCCAACUCAUGAUGUCGUUAGUUGCAAUGUACUUAUUGGGAGCUAUGCAGCGCUUGCAGAUUGUACUAAGGGAAUGCAAGUAUUUACCUGGAUGAGAAGUGGGGAAAUAAAGCCGAAUUACAUAACAAUAGUAAAUAUCCAGGGUUCUUUCACAUCUUCAAAUGAGUUGCAUAACUAUGGACUUCCGCUGCACGCAUAUACAAUACAUGCUGGAUUCGUAGCAGAUGACUUUGUUAGUAACUCUCUGAUCACAAUGUAUGCAAGCUGCGGUGACUUGGAUUCUAGCACUAAUGUAUUUCAUACAAUCAUGAACAAAAGUGUCGUUUCCUGGAAUGCUAUGAUUGCCGCGAAUGUUCAACAUGGCCAUGGGGAGGAAGCCCUAAAGCUUUUGCUCGAUAUGCGGCAUGCUGGAAACAGUCUUGAUAAUGUUUGUUUGGCUGAAUGUUUGUCAUCCAGUGCAAGCCUGGCAUCACUAGAAGAAGGCAUGCAGCUACAUGGACUUGGUGUGAAGUGUGGGCUGGAUAUUGACAGUCAUGUGGUUAAUGCUGCAAUGGAUAUGUACGGGAAAUGUGGAAAGAUGGAUGAAAUGUUGAAAAUGCUUCCUGAUCCUGCCAUUCGACCACAACAAUGCUGGAACACAUUGAUAUCAGGUUAUGCAAGAUAUGGAUAUUUCAAGGAAGCUGAGGACACAUUUAAGCACAUGGUAUCGAUGGGGAGAAAGCCAGAUUACGUAACAUUUGUCACCCUUCUCUCAGCUUGUAGUCAUGCUGGUCUAGUGGACAAGAGUAUUGAUUACUAUAACUCGAUGUCUUCUGUAUUUGGUGUUUCCCCUGGAAUAAAGCAUUGUGUUUGCAUUGUUGAUGUCCUUGGACGUUUAGGGAGAUUUACCGAGGCAGAGAAAUUCAUUGAGGACAUGCCAGUCUUACCAAAUGAUCUAAUUUGGCGUAGUUUGUUGUCUUCUAGUAGAACUCACAAAAAUCUGGAUAUUGGGAGGAAAGCCGCCAAGAAACUCCUUGAGUUGGAUCCUUUUGACGACUCGGCUUAUGUUCUUCUGUCGAACUUAUAUGCUACAAGUGCAAGAUGGUCUGAUGUUGACAGACUAAGAAGUCACAUGAAAAACAUUAAUUUGAAUAAAAGACCUGCUUGCAGUUGGCUUAAGCAAAAGAAAGAAGUAAGCACCUUUGGUAUAGGUGACCGGAGUCAUAAGCACACAGAAGAAAUCUAUGCGAAGUUGGAUGAGAUCUCUCUGAAGCUCAGGGAUGUAGGUUAUGUUGCUGAUACCUCAUCAGCAUUGCAUGAUACAGAUGAGGAGCAAAAGGAGCAGAACCUUUGGAAUCACAGCGAGAAGCUUGCAUUGGCCUAUGGCCUUAUUACUGUUCCGGAAGCUUGUACAGUAAGGAUAUUUAAGAAUCUCAGGGUCUGUGCAGACUGCCAUUUGGUAUUUAAGCUUGUUAGCAUGGUUUUUGACAGGGAAAUUGUGCUGAGAGAUCCUUAUAGGUUCCACCAUUUCAAAGGCGGAUCAUGCUCCUGUUCAGAUUUUUGGUGAGAUUAGUGGCAGUUGAUUCGAUGUGUAGGACUGUAGUCACUGUACAGAGAAUAGUGGUCGCCUGGUCGGAGCAAAAGAAAAAGGAUUUUUUGUAUACAUGUCUAGUCAUGGACCUACAAGAUGUGCUUUUGUGCUGGAAACUAUUGAUCUCAAUAUUGCCGCUCAAUGCUGGUGCGGUGGCGCCGACCUAUACAAUCGUGGUUCUUGAUAAAGCGUAACAAAUGAUAUAUGGAAUCAGAAGAAGCUAAACUCUUUAGGAAAUAUCCAAUUGGAAUGAACACAGUGUAACGACAAUAUAUGGAAUCGGAAGGGGAACUCUUCAAGAAAUAUCCAAUUGAUGCCAACACAGAUCUCAACCACAUUUCGCCGUAAUUGAAUUCAGCCGGCCUGACUUCCCGGGAGCUCUGCCAUGGAUGUAGCAGCAGAAUCCUUGUCCCACAUGCAUUUUUUAAUUGUCAGAGAUUUUGUUGUUCAGAUAUGCAACUUGUUUGGUAUUCGGAUUCAGAUCAAAAGAAGCAGGGGAAAUGGGAUUCAUGGUAGUCGAUGACGCGGGAACCGUCUUGCCAUCUGCCACGCGUGCGGGCACCAGCAAAGGUUAGCCGGCUGCCGGCCGGUGACGCCGCUGCAUUGAUUCCGGCCUGGGGCAGAUGUAGGCACCAGCCUAUGAGCGCGCGCCCAUAUGCAUGAUCGCCGGACUGGGGCAAGUAAUGGCCGUCUUAACUUGACCCGAUCGUGCUCACUCACGCGCGGCAGAUAAAGGUCCCUCGUUGCUUAGCUCCACAGUAGUUUGUGUUUUGGGCAGCGGUGGCAGGAGUACAACGUCCCUUUUUGCGUCGCCAUGAAUGGCUGGCUACUCGUCGGGGCUUGCUUCUGUGGGCAGCAAUCGAACUCAUCAGUAGCUUUUUUUUUAGAUCAAACUCAUCAGUAGCUGGUGUGGUGCCAGUGAUGCGAAACGGCACCCAAUCUGCCUAGCUUCGUCAUCAAAACUGCUUCGGUUAGUUGUAACCUUUUCUAACCAAAAUUAGUCUAGUUUAAACUAGA